AUGCAUUUUUCAUCUUCAUCCACCACAUCACCAUCGUCUCAAAAUCAAAUAUCAAAUACAACAAAUUCAAAUAAUAAUGUUUUAUUUGUUCCAUCCAAUACAUCAAAAAUGUCAUUUAUAAUUCCAAAUAAUAAUAAUAAUUCUAGUCAACAGCAAAUUGUUUCAUCAUCCAAUAUACUCUCAGCAACAUCGAAUAGUGGUAUGACAGCAUCUAUAAAUUUAAAUGGCAUUAAUACUCAAACGAAUUCAACUGCAAAUAUAUCGUUAUCAUCGUCUGGUCAAACAUCUCAAACGCGUUCACCAUUUCUUCAACGACCAGCAACAGAUCAACAACAACAACAACAACAACGUACAACACCAUCGCAAUCUUCUCAACAGAUUCCACAAGAAGAAUUCAUGAAAAUUCUUCGUGUACUUCAAGAUAAUAAUAUGACUGAAUCGAUUGAAACUCUAAAAAAAGAAUAUCAAUCAUUAUUUAACAAGACAACAUCUUCCAUUAGUGAACCUUAUUUUAAUGCACUUGAUGGUUACAUAGCCUAUGUACAAGAACAACCGGAUUCGAGUCGACAUGAAUUUGCUCAAUUAAUCUAUCCACUAUUUGUUCAUAUGUAUUUAGAUUUAGUCGAGAAAGAUCAUCUUGAAGAAGCUCAACGAUUUUUUAUGACCUAUGUUAAAAAUACACUUUUACAAGCAACAGUUUUUGCUUCACAUAAAGAUGAUCUUUUCCGUAUUAAAUCAUUAGUUUCCAAAGAACAAAUAGCACAAAGUGAAUAUGUAAAAUCAUUUCGUCAUAAUGGACGUUAUUGGAUUAAAUUAUGUAAUGCAUCACUUGAAUUACUCGAUCAAUUUUUAAUUAAACAACAAAAAUAUCCUUUAUUAACGAAAAUUGUUCAAGCUUAUUUUCAACUUGAAAUUAAUGAUGGUAGUGCACGUAAUGCUGAAACUCAACGUUUACUGAGUGGUGGUCGUCUUGGUGAAAUCAAAACUGAAGAUAAUACAAAUCGAAUGUAUUUUGGUUUACUGCGAGAUCAUGAUCUGACGCGGAUACUACAACAUAAAUCAAUUCUUGCGUCAUCAGCGGGUGGCGAUAAUGAAGAUGGUGCUGGUGAUGAUCAACCAUCAACAUCGAAAAAUCGAAAAAAACUUAAAAAAGAUUUUUUCAAUCAACGACAAAGUAAAGCUUCAUUAAAAGUUGAUCCAAAUGCGCCACAACUCACAAGAAUACCUAUUCCAGAACUGAGAGAACACGAACGAAUGGAUUUAAUUAAUACAUUUCAAGAAGACUACUCACGAAUGUUAAAAAUAACACCUGAUAAUUUACCAUCUUGUUGCUAUUAUACUUUGUUAAAUGGUUAUUUGGAAAUCAAUUGCCUUGAAAUAUCCGAAGAUUCAACACUACUUGCUGUUGGUGGUAAAAAUUCCAUUAUUUAUGUAUAUUCAUUAAAUCGUCAAAAAUUAUCAACCAUGAAACUUCCACAUGAACUCGAAAGAUUAGAUAAAUCAAAUGAACAUGUAUAUGAACAAAUGAUGACUAAUGAUGAUGAUAAUAAUAAUAAUAAAGAUGACCCAAGCAAUAAUGAUUCGGAUAUACUUCAUAAUCAACGUAUUCUAUGUGGUCACACAGGGCCGAUCUAUGGCUUAUCGAUGUCACGUGAGAAAUGGUUUCUACUUUCAUGCUCAGAAGAUUGUACUAUUCGUCUAUGGAGUUUAUUAACAUGGACAUGCUUAAUUACGUUUCGUGGUCAUACUCAACCUGUAUUCGAUGUUCAAUUUGGUCCGUUCGGACAUUAUUUUGCUUCAUGUUCACUUGAUAAAACAGCACGUUUAUGGUGUAUUGAACAUGCACAAACAUUAAGAAUAUUUACUGAUGGUUGCAAUGAUAUGGAAGCAUUAUGUUUCCAUCCGAAUUCAAAUUAUAUCGCGACAUCAUCAGCAGAUCGUAUUUUAAAAAUAUGGGAUUUAUUAGAAUCUAAAGAAGGACAACAAUUGAAACCCAUAAGACAAAUGUCUGGGCAUAAAUUAAAUGUUUGUAUAUUAAAAUUUUCAAAAGAUGGUAAAUAUUUAAUAUCAGCUGGAUACGAUCGACAAAUAAUGAUAUGGGAUUGUAGUAAUGGCUCUUUGGUUACAUGUUUGCUCGGUCAUUCGGAUGCUGUUUUUUCUAUGGAUCUAUCUCGUGAUGGUUCAAUUCUUUGUACCGGAAGUGUUGAUUUCUCCAUGAGAAUUUGGAAUUUCGGACAAUUAAUUAAAGAUAAAGACGAUGGAAAAUUAGAUACUGUUCAACGUAUUACACCAACAUCAAAAUAUGAACUUGUUACCUAUCGUACAAAACGAACAUCUACUACGUUAAUACAUUUUACUCGUCGUAAUUUAUUACUCGGUUUUGGUGUAUUCAUACCACCAAACGAAACAAUAACAACAACAACAACAGCAGCAGCAGCAGCAGCAGCAGCAGCAGCAACAACAACAACUAAAGCAAAAAAUUGA